AUGGGUGUGGGCAAGAGAACGAGUUUGCGGGCCAAGCUGGAGAAACGGGUCAAGAGCGGCGGCGUGGCGAAGACCGUUGAGCGUGUGGAGAAGCGCAAGGAUGACUCGCUGGUCUCAAAGUCGGCUCUGCGCCGGCGCAAGCGCAAGAUGAAAGAGCAGCUGAAACCAAAGCUGGAGGACCUCGCCCAGGCGCUCGAAGAGGUGCCGGCGACAGCACCACAGCCGAAACGCGACCACACGCCGAAUCCGCACAAGCGUGGGGCGAAGAUCGUGGAAAAGGUGGAAAUUCAGCGGUUUGGAGCCGUGCUGAAGGACGAGCAGUUCAGAAAAAGCCCGUUCGACGCCCUCAAACGGGUUAUCGCAAAUAACAGUUAG